GUAGCUUUUACGACUGGGUGCUGUGUCAUAGGCCGGUCUCGCCAUGUCUCAGGCAGGAGAAGACAGCGGCUGGUACCGGCUGCGGUGCUCGCUCCCCGGGCACGAGCUAGACGUCCGGGGGCUGGCCAGCUUUCAAUUACAACAGGGCGAGGGGUUCGUGUCUGUGUCACGUGACAAGAGCGCGCGCCUCUGGGUGCCGGACAGCAGCAAUCGGGGUUUUAUUGAACUGCAUCGUAUGAGUGGACAUUCCAACUUUGUCUCUUCUGUAUGUAUCAUACCACCAAGUGACACUUAUCCACAGGGACUGAUAGCCACAGGCGGAAAUGACCAUAACAUCUGCAUCUUUAGUUUGGACAGCACAAACCCUCUCUAUAUUUUGAAAAGUCACAAAAACACUGUCUGCAGUCUUUCUGCUGGAAAAUUUGGCACGUUGCUAAGUGGAUCAUGGGACACAACAGCAAAAGUGUGGCUGAACGACAAGUGUAUGAUGACUUUACAGGGUCACACAGCAGCUGUCUGGGCAGUGAAGAUAUUGCCUGAGCAGGGUUUGAUGUUGACCGGAUCAGCUGAUAAAUCUAUAAAGCUCUGGAAGGCAGGCCGGUGUGAACAGACCUUUCUUGGGCACGAGGACUGUGUUCGAGGCUUGGCUACUAUUAGUGAUACUGAAUUUCUAUCUUGCUCUAAUGAUGCUAGUGUCAGAAGAUGGCUGAUCACCGGAGAGUGCCUAGAAGCCUAUUAUGGCCAUACCAAUUACAUCUACAGCAUAUGCCUUUUUCCAGACUCUCAGGAUUUUGUAACCACUGCAGAGGAUAGAUCAUUGAGAAUCUGGAGAAAAGGAGAAUGCACCCAGACAAUUCGUCUUCCAGCUCAGUCUGUGUGGUGCUGCUGUGUCCUAAAUAAUGGUGAUAUUGUUGUUGGUGCAAGCGAUGGCAUUAUAAGAGUGUUUACUACAUCACAAGAUCGUGUAGCCAGUGCUGAGGAAAUACAGGCAUUUGAAGAUGAACUGUCCCAAGCUACAAUUGACCCUAAAACUGGAGAUCUGGGAGAUAUUAAGGUAGAAGAACUUCCUGGAAAAGAACAUUUAAUCGAACCUGGUACAAAGGAAGGACAGACCAGGCUAAUUAAUGAUGAAGGUAAAGUUGAAGCCUAUCAGUGGAGCAUUAGUGAGGGACGCUGGAUGAAGAUCGGGGAUGUGGUAGGCUCUACAGGAGCAACACAGGAAACAUCUGGGAAAGUCCUAUUUGAAGGAAAGGAAUAUGAUUUUGUGUUCAACAUUGAUGUGAAUGAAAGCGGACCUUCCUUCAAACUGCCUUAUAAUCUUUCAGAAGAUCCUUGGCUUGUUGCAUACAAUUUUCUGCAAAAGAAUGAUUUAAGUCCCAUGUUCCUAGAUCAAGUAGCCAAAUUUAUCAUUGACAACACUGAAGGGCAAAAAACUUCAGCUACAAAUUCUGGCUUUGCAGACCCUUUCACAGGAGGUGGCCGUUACAUACCAGGAAGCUCAUCUACCCCUGCAGCUGCAGCUGAUCCAUUUACAGGUGGUAGUCGUUAUGUACCAGGGGCUACAUCUCAAACAGUGAAUUCAAUGGGAGCAGCAGAUCCAUUUACAGGGAGGAAUGCUUACCGUUCAGCUUCACCUAACACAUACUUUCCUAAGAAAGAUCCUGUUACUUUUGACCAAGCAAACGUUGCACAGAUAUUAGGUAAACUAAAAGAACUUAAUGAUACUGCGCCAGAAGAAAAAAAGAUGUCUAAGGAUGAUUUAAUAAAAAUUGACAAACUUAUGUCUGUUGCGGGUAAUCUCUCUGGUGAUACAGUCACAGUUCAGCAACUGGACACUUUGUGGAGAGCUGUUAAUUGGCCUGAAGAAAUUGUAUUUCCAGCCUUAGACAUUCUUCGUCUCUGUAUAAAGAAUCCAAAUAUAAACGAAAUGUUCUGCAAUGAAAAAGAAGGCAGUCAGUUCAGCAACUACCUCUUCCAGUUUUUGCGUCCAAGCAGCAAACAGGCCAACCAGAUGCUUGUGCUUCGGACAUUAUGCAACUGUUUCUCCUGUGCACCAGGCACUCAGCUGUUGGUGUCACAAAGGGACACUGUGCUAGCAAAAGCCACUGAACUCAAAAUAGUCAACAAUAAAAAUGUCCACAUUGCUCUGGCCACAUUGAUUCUCAACUACACAAUAUGUUUGCAUGGAACUAGUGACUUAGAGGGGAAGGCUGAGUGUUUAUCAGCCAUCAGUACAGUAGUUGAAGCUGUGCAAGACCCUGAAGCUGCUUUCCGAUUGCUGGUUGCCCUUGGGACUCUGGUUAAUAAUGAUGCAAAUGCUUUGAGGUUAGCCAAGUCUUUGGGUGUUGAUGCUCAGAUCAAAAAAUACAUGUCAAUCACAGAACCGGCCAAAGUUAAGGAGUGUUGUAGUCUGCUUUUAAAUUUGAUAUAAAACUUUUUUUUUCUAUCACUAAAGAAAAAUCCCAGAGACUUGUGGUGUUUUCUUAAUACACUAUACUACGCUGAAGGUGACAUGCUAUGGAUUGAAUGCUGAAUUUGGAAAGUAUGUCUUGUCGUAAACAUUUAAUUGGCAUCAUUAAAUUUUUUUGCACUGAU